AUGGUGGGUCAGAACCUGCUGUGUUUACUGGCCUUUCUGGCAUUUUCCUCUCUGACUUCUCCGGCACAUGGAUCUCCACUAGAGAUUAUGGCCGCUCCCAACUUGUUGCGAGUAGGAUCAACAGAAAAUGUCUUUGUGGAAGUUCAAGACUGCGAACUUCAAAAUGACAUCAGUGUUGAAAUCACUGUGAUGAACCAUCCAACCAAAGCCACAAGGCUGGCAUCCACAUAUGUGACCCUUACAAGUUCAAACAAGUGCCAGGCCUUUGGACAAAUUAUGAUCCCUCCUGGACACUUCAGUAAAGAUCCCACCAUGAAACAGUAUGUCUACCUGCAAGCUCAGUUCCCUGACCGACUGCUGGAGAAAGUCGUCUUGGUGUCCUUCCAGUCUGGAUACAUCUUCAUCCAGACUGACAAGACCCUCUACACUCCCAGUAGCAGAGUUUUAUACAGGCUGUUUGCAGUAAAGCCUGGUAUGGAGCCCGUGGAGUCGGCUACUGAAAUAUUCACUGAGAUUGUGACCCCUGAUGGCAUCAUUGUACCAGAUAAUAUCAUCUCUCUGAGAUCAGGGAUCUACAGUGGUCAAUAUCUACUUGGUGAAAUAGUCGUUCCCGGAGUGUGGAAACUGGUGGCCAAGUUCCAGAGCAACCCACAGCAGAGCUACUCUGCAGAGUUUGAGGUUAAAGAAUAUGUACUGCCCAGUUUUGAGGUGAAAAUUACACCUCAGAGCUCCUUCUUCUAUGUGGAUGAUCAGGAGCUCACCAUCAACAUCAAAGCUACGUAUCUGUUUGGUGAAGAGGUGGAUGGGACAGCUUAUGUAGUAUUUGGGAUUACGCAUGAGGGACAAAAAAGGAGCCUUCCUCGCUCUCUUCAGACAGUAUCAGUCGACAGAGGUAACGGACAGGUCACACUGAAGAAAGAGCACAUCACAGAGACCUUCCCAAACAUUCUCGAACUGGUGGGGGGUUCCAUAUAUGUAACUGUCAGUGUGCUGACGGAGACCGGUGGUGAAAUGGUGGAGGCAACACUGAGAGGUAUCCAGAUUGUCACAUCACCAUACACCAUCCACUUUAAGGGAACGCCCAAAUAUUUCAAGCCAGUAAUGUCCUUUGAUGUUGCGAUUGAAGUUGUGAAUCCAGAUGAAACUCCAGCAAGUCGUAUUCCAGUGGUGGUUGAACCAGGCCCUGUUAACGGCCUCACUGUGGAAAAUGGCAUGGCAAAACUUACCAUCAAUACAGAGGCAAGGAAGAUGAAAUGUGCGGCCCCCAGCAGGAGGAAACGAGCCAGGACUAUAAGGGAUAUCACAACCAGCUUAGGUGAGGAAGAUGACAACAGUUUCAUGGACAGCAAUGAAAUUGUAUCUCGCACCCAGUUCCCAGAGAGUUGGCUGUGGCAGGAUAUCAAACUGCCUGCUUGCUCUCCACACCAACCGAACUGUGACACCACAUCACUUGUGACAACUGUUCCGUUACAAGACUCAAUCACAACCUGGCAGUUCAUUGGCAUCAGUCUGUCAGCAACUCAAGGAAUCUGUGUUGGAGAUCCAUUAGAGGUAAUUGUCCGGAAGAAUUUCUUCAUUGACCUCAGACUGCCCUACGCUGCUGUCCGUGGAGAGCAGAUAGAAAUCAAGGCAAUCCUCCACAACUACAUCCCCGAGGCUAUUGAU